AUGCCUUACAACGAUUAUCGCCAGAAUUUUCGAGAUCGCGACAACUUCCGUCGCAAUGGACGCCAACGGAUGGAUGAACGAGUAAAUGAAAAGGAGGUGCCAGAGAGUCGCCAUGCUGUCUUUUUCCGUGGUUUUGGUCCAGACAUUUCUUCAGAGAAGAUCAAGUAGGUGUUUAAGACUCCUGCUUAAUAUAAUGCACAUUGAAGACGUUGUUUACUGCUAUAAUAUGGUUUUAUCGGUCUAGUUAGUCCGACUAUCCUUGGAUAUAAUCGUAUUUCAUUCAAAAACCAGUUAAUUUUACGUUUACCUUACUCAUGGUAUAUUAUACAUGGCGAGCUGAUGGAAAUCGCUGAUUUCGACGAAAAUUUCGAGCGUUUGAUUGAAGAGUAUGGCAUCUUCGCAAAGCUGAGAUCCUCCUUGUUGUUCUUGACGUGUUUUGUGGCCGUUUAUUUGGAGUUCUAAUGUUUUAGAGACCAUUUUCAAGACGAGAUUGGACCAUGUAUUAUCGACUUCUACAAGAACACUCCGGAGAGAACGUUUGUUGCCGUGAGGUUCGAUUCGAAGGAUGAUGCCGCAAAAUGCAUGGAUAAGUAAGUUUCAUGCUGUUUACUUUACCAUUAUGGAUUUUUUAUAUCGCAUCAGGUAUAAUGAAAUUUUUUAGAUACAAGGACGGAAAGUUGUGGGGAUACGAACUUGAAGUGACUUGGUACAGAGAUAUUCGUCGAUACGUCGCGCAUGUUAAAGGUAUGAUUUUUCUCUAUUUAUUGUUGAUUUUUAGGUGGUAGGAAUGAGCGACAUGAUGCACCACGAAGGCGUGAUGGUAGAAGGUCUCGUUCCCGAAGAGGAUCCAGAGAUGGCAGUGACAGCGAGGAUGAAGUAGGCUUCCUUUCGAUCCUUGUUAUAUUACCUCUUUUCUUUAACCACGAUAUAAACGUCGUAUUGUUUUAGAGCCGUCGAAAGCGUAAACGUCGUGACUCUUCAUCGUCUUCCUCAUCCAGUGGUUCAUCAGCUCAUUCCAGACGUUCUUCCAGACCUGAAUCACGUUCUCAACAUUCAAAACCAGGAUCAGCUGCUCAUUCUCCGGCCAAAAAACCCGAAUCCAAGCGGGUCGACGAUUCCAUGGACAUUUCUGGGAUCUCGGACAACGAAGAAAAGGUAAGGUUGUCUACAUUGUCUAGAUCUAACCCUCGUGAGUCACAUAGUCUGUCUAACCCGUCUUUUGUCCAGGACUCCGCACUGGACAGGGCUGUUCGGGUGGCCCAGGAGAUCUCGAUCACUAGACCUGAUUACCCCGAUGUCUUUCUCCCCAAUGCUCUCACAAGUCUUUUGAAGAAAAAAGGGAUUUAUAAGUCCAAUGACGGCUUUAGCAAUGUUAGCAACUUUUCUGGGGACCGAAAAAGAAUUAAUUUAUCUGGUGAUCAUGAUGAAUAUAAUGGAUCGAACGAAUCGUCUCUUUACAAUCCAUAUGAUGCCUUGAGUUGCGACGGAGAUUCAGACGGUAAUAUGGCGGGGUCUACUUGUCCUCCGGAGUUUUAUCAAUCGGAAUUGGCUAAUCAAGAAGAUCCGGAUCUCGGCUAUCAAGGAGAAAGAGAGCGUGCGGGUGGUUCUGGCAUUUCUAAUGAUGCUUCGGGCCUUUCAAAUGAUAAAUCGGGAAGUGGAAGCCAUUUGGAGGGCGUUGAUGAAGAAUUACAAGUCUUAUUCCAAAAGAUUAGCCAGAAAAGUCCUGCUGCUAUCAAGGUGAAAAUGGAGCCUGAAGAUGAUGAAACAAUGAAUGCUAAUAUCCCUAGUUCUACUGGAAGUGAGACUCCAUCUUCGGCAACUGCAACUAAGACUGGUAAAUGCACCGUCAAGAUUAUUAGGAAGACUGAAGAGGAGAUGAGAAGUGCCAGAAGAAAAAGGGAUAAUAGAAGGGAUCGCACGGAGAAAGGAGGGCCUCAGAGAAGGUUUGAACAGCCUGAAAGGGAACAGCGGUUGGAUCCGUUCUUACCUCAGAACCAGUCUUCUGAUUUAUCAUGUUCUAGGUAUCCUUCAUUUUCUCAAUCGGCACCAAUUAACCCAAGAAGUACUGAUUCAUUCCCCAGACACGAUAAUGGGGAAGGUGUUAGAGGGCAGGAAUGGAGUGAAAAUACGUUCAAGAGGCCAGCCGACCCAAGAUUGAAACGAAGGGAGGUGGAAAAAGGUCAAGUACAACGUACUGACGUGAGAAGCAACAUAAACACGACGAAUAUCCCGACGGACCCGAGGCUGAGAAGAGGAAUGGAGCCUCAGAGAAGUAGUAAUAUGCCCGGUGAAGCUGAAAGUGGUCAGCUGAAGCCUCUGGAAAGGCAAGUUCCAACUGAUCCAAGGCUCAGAAGAAGAGAGGAACAGAAGAUGGGUGCUGGGAAUGUUGGACGCCAGGAUGGUGUAGGAUUUGCCCACAGCUUCCCGGUAUCCCCGAUGAUGGAAAAUUCAAGGAAAGAUCCGAGAAGUCAAUCGCAGGGACCACGGUAUCAAUCGAUUCCAAUUUCUGAUGGGUCGAGCCGAAAUUUGUCAUCGAAAGGAAUCGAAGUGAACAAGGGAUUUGAAGGAGAAGAUCGAAACGCUCGGAUGAAUCAAUUUGAUGUUAAGGAGAAGGAAAAUGAAAGACAAAACUGGCAAGAAGAACCCAUCUGGUCCCGCAGGUACUAUAAAGAACAGUCGAAUGUAAGAACUGAAGAUUUGUGGAAAUACCAGAAAAAUCUGGGACCCGUCCCUCAAGGAGAAUAUAAAAAGUUGGAAAAGCUCCCAGAAAGAAACGAGUUUAGAGAAGAAGCCGAUCCAGGUUUGUUGGGAAGACCGAGAAGUUCCAGCAGAAACAGAAUCGCCGAGAGAUAUGAGAAUUUUCAUCCAACCUCAACUCCGAGAAAUCAAAGUUUGAGCAGAAGACAUCGAGAAUUUGGGACUUCAAAUUCAUAUGAUAAUGAUCCCAGAAGACGUGGUUAUCAAGGUCUAUACGGAAGAGAUCCUGUUAUCCAUUCUGGAAGAUAUUCGGCGUUUCACUCCUCGGAGGGCCAAGGACAGAAUCAACGGUAUUAUAAUGGCACCAGAGAUCCAUCAAAUUCAAGGAGAAAUCCCCCAGAAUACGAGGAAAUGGGGAAGAGAAUGACUCAAAGGGAGGAUGACGAAAUCGUUCAAAGAUAUGAAAAGAGCAAUGAGAAGUACUGGACGGGUAUUAAUUACAGAUCUCUAGCCCCGCCUCACACCAGGCAGAUCAAGCAAGAAGAAGAUGGAGAAGUUUAUUAUGAUGUGGAUACUGGAUAUAGAAAUGUAGAAGAAGGAAGACCUGAGAGUAGAAGGUCUUUCUAUGAAGAGAAUGAAGGUUACAACUCGGAAGGAGGAAAACGAUGGGGUUCAAGAUAUGAAGAUGAUUUUGAGGUGUGUGGAGAAGAAAAGUUGGGACUUUUAAAUAGAAGGAUUGGGUUUAUUGUCGAAAGGUUUUAUAUAUUGAGUCUAAACUUCCAUUUUUGAUUCCAAGAAUAUGUCUUCCAAUUUUGAUUAUUUUGGCUGUCUGAAGUAAUAUUUUGAAUUUUACAGAUUGAAAGGAAACCAGACCUAAACAAGGAAACUAGACCCGAACCAGACCACAGAUCCAUUAGACAGAUUGCAGUGGAGCGGUGUCCGUCGAUCGUGGACGAAAAACCAGCAGUUGAUACCAUGUUUAAUAUUAGAGUAAGUUGACUUUUUGUAUUUUUUGGUGAGUUUAGGUUAAGACAUCAAAGAAAUGAAAGGAAAUAAGUCUAGACCUUUUUUAACAAUAUUUUUAUUCUAAUUUUGUUACAGAGCCAAAUAAUCCGCGAACUUCGUCAUGAACCCGGAAGAAAAUCUUCCUCAAAUGGGCUGCAGUUAUCGAAUUUGGCCACUAAACCUGAAGAAAUCAUAAGAAAUAAGCUGGCCAAGUUCCCAGAAGAAUUCAAAUCUUCGGUCGAAACGAAGAGAAAGGAAUUGGAAGCGGUGUAUCGGAAAGAUUGCCAGACGUUUGGAUUGGUCGCAAAGAAAUUGGUGGACAAGAACGCGGAUUUGGAAAAGUCUCUGAAGCUCGCGCUGCUCGGAGUACUCUCGGACUUGGAGAAGGAAACCAACGAAACCCUCCUGAAGUAUGUCGAAGAACUGGAGUUACUCUUCGACGCCUGA